UUCAGGUUCAAACUGGGUUCAGCAGAUCUUAAUGCAGCUGGAAGUUGCCUCUGGAAAAUAUGAGGAAGACGAACAGAAACAAAGGCUGCAAAAACUGAUAGAAUUAUCACGAUUUCUUUUUCUUGAAUUUGGAGAACCAGAAAAAUUUGAGAGGAUGGAAAAACUGCCUUCCAGAAGAGUUAUAAAAACACACCUCAUCCCUCAAAAGUUGCCCAAGUCUGUUUUUGAACAAAAGGCAAAAAUACUGGCUUUGUUACGGAAUCCAAAGGACACAGCUGUAUCUUACUUCCAUUUUUCCAAAGGCCUCAAAUUGAUUUCUGACCAGGAAACCUGGGAUGAGUACUUUGAAGCUUUUAUCACUGGAAAGGUGGUCUAUGGAUCUUAUUUUGAUUAUAUUGUUGAAUGGAACAAGUAUCUUGAUGAUAGCAAUAUAUUUUUUAUUACCUAUGAGGAGAUAAAAGAGAAUCCAGCCUCAUCACUGAAAAAAAUAGCCAAAUUCUUUGAUCUUUCUGUGACCGAAGAAAAGAUUGAGAGCAUUGUAAAGGAAACACAUUUUGAAAGCAUGAAAAAUAGUGCAGGAACCCUUGGAAAAAUGGGACAAAUACUUUUCCGCAAAGGCAUAGUAGGUGAUUGGACAUCUGUCUUCUCAGAAAGCCAGAAUGAAAAAAUGGACAGAAAAUUUGAGGAGACUGUAGCAAAAACUAAGCUUGGAAUGAAGUUGAAAUAUGAGGUGUACUGCAAAAACUGAAGAGAUCAUCAGUGCUACAAACAUCUCGUGUUUGAUUCUCUACGUGAGAGUAAACAUACUUAAGUUGUUCAAGAAGAAUUGGUAGUGCCUUCCUCAGUCUCCAGAUAUGGCAGAUGUCAUUUCCGAUAACCUUAACACGGUUAUUGGUUGUGUUAUAUGACGAGUCAAAGAUAAUAGCAGCUAAAGUCCAACAAUCUGGUAGGGGAGUCCAACCAUUCACUCUUUUCUCUUCUUUUGGAUAUUAACAUUAAGUGGAAGAACUUUUCCAGAAUUAAUAAAAACCUAGACUUAUCAGUAA